CGCGAGUCGGCGGCAAACACCCGUCCACAAGAGAGAUGGCGCUGUCGGCGGCGCUCCUGUCGGCAGCGCUCUCGCUGGCGCCUGGGCCGGAGGGCCGGCCCAAGGCGCCUCGCCCGCUGCCGCAGAACUCGCUGCUGCCCGCCAAGCCGCUGCCGCUCCUCCCCUCGCUGCCCCCUCGGAAUGGCGCCUGCGACGGGGACUUUGAGACCUUUCUCCGUGAGGAGCAGACCCGGGCGGCGACCUUCCUGGAGAGCGAGCAGACGCGGGUGGCGAGGAUCUUCGAGUGGGAGCACGACCGCGCCCUGCGGUUCGAGCGGCUCGGCGAGCACGCAAACUACUGGGAGGACCCGCGGAUCCACAACUUUGGCAACACGGGCUGGCGGGGCUGGCUGCACGCGCUCGCCGUCCCCUUCUCGACCUUUUUGAUCGACAAGCUGGCCUACGGAGGCGUCGACGCGCGCAAGCAGAUCCACGAGAGCGAGCUCUCCGCCGCCGGACAGACCGUGGUCGACCUCUGCUCCGGCGUCGGAUUCUCGUGCGCGCGCGCCGGCAAGGUGACCGCCGUGGACACGUCGCCGAACAUGCUCGCGGUCUCGCGGCUGCGGCGGCCGGACGUGCACGAGCGGGUGGUGGCCAACGCCGAGGCGUUCGGCGAGGCGGGCAGCUUCGACGUGGCCACGCUCAUGUUCGCGACGCACGAGAUGCCCGGCUACGCGCGCCGCCGCUGCAUCCGCAAUGCUCUGCGGCUUGCGAGGGACAAGGUGCUCGUGGCCGACAUCUGGCCCGGCUUCCGCCCAAACGACAUGAUGCUCUCCGGCGAGCCUUACGUCCUCGACUACCUCGCUAACAUGGAGAGCGACGUCGAGGCGAGCUUCGACCCAAUGCAGUGGACGCUGACGAGGGAGGACGUCGUCGAGCAGCACGUCCGGAUGUGGAAGUUCGAGCGGCUGAGUUGGGGCGUGUAGGAGCCGCAGCCGUAGUAGCCGCAGCUGCGGGAGGGUGGAGGAGCUGCUGCCGGGCGUGCGCCGCGCCGCGCCGUAGCGCGCGCGGGGGGGCGGGGGAGGGAGGGGGGGGGGGUCUGUGCGUGACGGCGCGCGCCUGUAUUGUGUAUCAUUGUGUGAGUCGCGCGCCGCGGAGGCCCUUGUGCAGUGGGAGAGGUGCCCACAGCUCUCGCACUGGGCGAGAGCGUGGGUAGGUGGGUUGUCAUGUUGUUCGCAUGCCGGGUCGGGAGCGGAGAAGGGAGGUCUCAGAGAGAGGAGAGUUUUCAGUUUGGAGAGAGUGUGCAGUGUGUCUCGCCGAAGGCGCUCUCUCGCGAGCGUCGUAUAUUUUUCUGUGUCUGUCGGAGCACUU